AUGGAGCAAAGCACAUCGACGAUUGUUCAGGAAGAAGCUCGCAAAAUCAGCAACAAUAUAGUAGCUGUAUUCGUGGUCGAGUUUGAUGUUCACAAAGGAAACGUAAUUGAAUGGCAGUACCCUCCAGAGUUUGAUUUAAAGGGAGUCGAAUACCAAGCCAUAUGCAGUGGCCUUCACAGAGUCGAGAAUGAUAUCAUAUACUUUUCUCGAGAGAACGGAUACGGAAUCAGCGUGUUUCAAAAUAUGCCGACUGAUGUGGAGAGAGGAGCCUACAUGAAAGCUAUCGGUGUGAUUGUGGAGCCCACACAAGAGACAGGUAUCUGUGGCGAAGUGUGGAACCAUCAAGGAUUUCUUCAACAAGAACUAUCAAAUCACAUGAGUCUGUCUGAUACAAUUGCAUCAGAUCGCUACGAACCGCUAUUACAGUACUAUACCCAUCAUCAAUACCGCAGUUCAGCAGACAACACGGCCUCGAAACACCACACUAUGCCUGACUUGUCGCUGCAUGAGUCGUCAUUGGACCACACUGUCAACUACAAUCUGAAGCACACAUUGCACACGAUGAAACAGCCAUCUGAAUUCAGCAUCGACUCAUGUACACAUUUCGUCGACACGCUUGGCCUUGACAUAUUUGUAUUAUGGAAAGCUGCUUUAAUGAGAAAGAGGAUUAUGAUGAUUCAUAUGCCACAAAUGGAGAUUGGGUGCCAUUAUGUGUACCUCGUCCAUUUACUAGGCCAAGUACCCGCCAAGUUUCAAAACUCGAUACCAGCCAUCAAGCCUAAAUUUACAAUGGGUGUCAAUGAUAUCCCUCAGCUAGAAAAGACACACUCGAGCUAUGUGGCAUGUACGCCUGACUCUAUUUUUCAGGUGAAAUCAGACCUGUAUGACAUUUUAGUCACAUUGCCAGCACCAUCGUUUCAUCACACUAUCAAGGGCGGCAGCAACACAUCAACGGCGACAAAUAAGAAAUCAACACAACACAUUGCCUUGUCAGAUUUAACUUGUCAUCAGCAGCCCCAUUUCAAAUCCACUGUCAUUUCAACAAGACAUAACGCUGCCGAUUUCACUCGAUUCCGCAUCAUGUGGAGAUUGUUCCACACACGAUCGUUUGAGGCAAAGAAUGAGCCAGAUGACAUUCUGAGCACUGCCUCUGCGUUAUUCACUGGUGUUUGUUAUUGGCUUUACGAAGACCAGGACGCAACAUCCACAUCGACCGUCUCAUCCAAUUGGCAAGGUCUAUUUGCUGGAUCACAGCGAAAAGGACAAAUCCGCUUGAAUGCGUCCUCAGAGACAGAUAUGCUAUUGAUGCAAGAAGAACAAGACGCUGAGGAACUGAAUAAUAAUGCUGUGUUUGAGGCUGUUACAGCACGAGCAUCCACUGAACUGCAACAACAGGAACAGAUCAAGGAACAAAAUGUAGCACUUUUAAGUUUCUUUCAUAAUCUCACGUCGUUUUUGCUCGAGAAAUUGCACUCUAUUCUUACUGUGAAUGAAGAAGACGGGCUUGCACUGAUACCUAUUUAUCCCAGAGACAUGGUGCACAUGGGAUUAGAUCCACAAGCAGACGCUGCAUUCGUAACAGAGCUAGCUCAACUUUAUUUCAAGAAACGGGUUCAGGUGUUUGGCUGGAACCAUGUAGGCUAUAUCAGUCAGUGCUCUGCUUGUUGCUGUGCUUGUCAACAGCGACCAUCUCUUCAUAUAUAA